AUGUUUAGUGUACCUCAAAGCUCCAAGUCCGAGUUCCUGGACAAAGCCAGACAGGCCAGGGAGGAAAGGAAAGGACUUAAAGAGAAGGAGAGAGCUGCAAUCCAAAUCCAGGCUCUGGUCAGGAGAUUUCUCUGUCGCUGCAGGCUCAAGAAGCAGCUAAGGUAGUCUCUGAUCACAUACCACUACUAUAGAAAUAUAUAUUUCUUAAUAAGGUCACCACUCAUCUCUAUUAUUAAAACACUGACUCAAUAUUUUUCUUUUGUUUCUGAUCAGGCAAGAGGUCGAUGACUAUUUUCAAACUUCUGAGGCAGGGGCAACGAAAAGAAAUGCACUCUCAAUUUUCAAAAUUGCCAGAAAAUUACUAUUCAUAUAUUCUCCAGAAGACAAGAUGGUGAGUUGACAGUUUUACUCUAAAGACCUUCAUAUUUAAAAGAUAUAAUAAGUAUUCUAAGUUCUCCUAAAAGUAUUUACUUUUGGAGGAUUUAAACUGUUAUUUAACGGUGUCAAGCUGCAGCAGUUUAAACUCAGGCUUUGUGACUCCAAUGACUCUUAUUUUGUCAAUUUCUCAGAGGUUUGAGAAGCUCUGUCGUGCAAUUCUAGCCAGCAUGGAGGUUGAAAAUGAACCUAAAGUAAGUGUGACAAUGUUUUAACACUCCAUAAAUAAAAGUGGUUUGUACUCAUAAGAUCUUUCUCGGUGACAGCUCUCACAUUUGUUCCCAGGUCUGGUAUGUUUCCUUGGCGCUCUCCAAAGAUCUCACUAUUCCCUGGCUUAAACAGAUAAAAGAUGUGCUGUGGACCUGCUGUCAGAGAAUUAAAACUUUAAAGGUUAGUCUUGAAACAUUAUUAAAAUACUAAUGUGUUGAUUAUAAUUGUGCAUAUCACUGUUUGUUUUUUUGGACUUUCAGCCCGACAUACUUCAGGACAAUAAAUUAGUAACGUUGUACCUCACCAUGCUGCUGACAUUUACAGACACUUCAACCUGGCAGAUAGCCAGAGGGAAAGGUAAGUCUCGGACAAGCUGAGGUGUAUUGUAAACAUAACAGCUGUAUUUACAGGGCACACUUCCUGCAAUAACAAAUAAAAACAUAAUCCUUUCCCCCUUUAUUACAGGAGAAGCACUCAGACCUGCUUUAACAAAGAUCUGUGAAAAUAUAAUGGGCCAUCUCAAUCAAAAGGGAUUCUAUUCAGUAUUGCAGGUUAGUUGUUGUAGCUUACAUUUUUCAAUUUAAUCAAACCUUUUUUUUUUUAAAGUGUAUCACCUCUUUUUCAUUUUAAUAUUAAAAUUUUCAUGUUCAGAUUUUGCUGACUAAUGGAUUGGCUCGUUCUAAACCAUCACUCUCCAAAGGGAGUCUGACUGCUAUAUUCACUUUGUCAUUAAGGUGAGUAAGAGCUGGAAAAUUAAUGGUUGUCAAUUUGGGAAUUAAUUAGAAAAAAAGGUAAUAUUCCUGUUUUUAUUACAGUCAGCAAAGAAGGCAUAUCUUAUCUGAUUUUCUUUGAGAUUAUUUAUGUUAUUGUAAGGUUUUUAUAUCACCUAAUCUCGUAUUUUGCAGGCCGGUCAUUGCUGCUCACUUCUCUGAAAACCUGCUAAGAUCAUUCCUUAUUCACAUCAUGUCAGUUCCGGCGGUUGUGUCACACCUCAAUGUGCUGACACCAGAGGUAAGAGCCCUGUUAUAAAACACAAGUGAUUAUUACAUAGUGGUAUUGUAAUUGAAACUUUUAAAGAGCUGAUUUUGACUUCCACUUUGUCUCAACAAGUGCAUGGCAUCCAUCCAAACACAUGACCUGCUGCGCAAGUUCAUUCUGUUUCUCAGCCGAGAAGAACAGUGUCUCGAUAUUUGUGUGUGUCUCGAGGGGAGCCACUCACUCUGUCUACUUGGUACAGUAUUUUGAAGAAAUAUGAGCUUACUCUUUCAUAAAUACAUGUUCUUGUGUACAUAUGAGGCUAUCAUUGGGAAUAUUGUAGUUUAAUUUACUAUGACAUUUUCUGAUACAUGACAGGUAACCUGAUUCACCUGGGCUAUUUGAAUGAGAAAGUUCUAGAAGAGGAGGCCAACCAUUUUGUGAAGGACCUGACUGACAUGCUGUCAUACUGCCAGAGAUACGUGUCCCAAAAGAAGUCCAAUCUCACUCACUGGCACCCUGUCCUCGGUUGGUUCUCACAAACUGUAGAUUAUGGGUAAGUAAAAUACUCUGUAUUUGCUGUAAACGAUUUAGGAAUCAAUUCUUGAUCAGAAAAAAAUCAGUGACAAAAAGGCUCUGGAGGUAAAAAUAUACAACCCCAAUUCCAAAAAAAGAUGGGAUGUUGUGUAAGAUGUCAAUUAAAACAGAUUUUCAUGGUUUGCAAAUAAUUUAAACCCUGUAAUUGAGAAAAAAAUGAAAAUUGGGACAAUAAGAAACUGGAAAAGUUGUGCUAAAAACACGCUUAGAGAAACACUUUCCAACUAUUUGGUAAUGUGCACUUGAUUAGUAACAUGACAGAGAGGCUGACUCUGAGGUUCAAGACUCUGAGAGACAACAUGAUCGGCAAUGUCAGAAUAAUGUUCUUCUGCAUAAUGCUGCAAAAAUCCUGGGGUUACCAUUAUUGGCAGUGCAUAACAUAAUUGAAAGAUUCAGAGUUGGAACCACUGCACAAAAAGGAAGAGGCUGAAAACCAGUAGUGGAUGGUCGGGUUUGACAGGCCCUAUAAUCAUGUGGGACCAUGCUCUAUUUUCUCCUCAGUCUGAAUGAAUCAAUGCCGCUGGUCACUAAACAGCUUCAGUACCUGUGGGGUGUCUCUGUCAUCCGGACACUCUUCAGUGAUGUCCUCUCUAAAAAGCUGGAGAGCCAGGAGCCUACACCCCCACCCCCACAGCCGAGCACAUCCCAGAACAAUCUACCAGUUAAAAGUGAGUCGCAACCCAAACUUAUUUCAAUAUCUAAACUAAGUGCUGUCUUUUGAGGUCUCUAUGUCAUGAUGUGUGGUUUCUGUUUACCAACAGACCUCUUCAAGCGAGCAUUUCAGAAGUCCGCAUCCGUACGAAACAUCCUGAAACCAGUUGGAGGAAAGCGAGUUGACUCAGCUGAAGUUCAGAAAGUUUGCAGCAUUUGUGUGUUGUAUCAGACAGCUCUGUCCACUCUGACACAAAUACGACUUCAGAUUCUCACCGGUCAGAACUAGACUCAUACAUUUUCCAUUAUAAUGCAAACUUUUAGUGUUUUCAAACAAGUUCAUUAAAGAGUUUGUAACUAUACAUGAUCUGUUUUCUGACAGGUUUGACACACCUUGAUGACCUUUUGCCCAAACUUUGGGCCUUCAUCUGCGAGCUUGGCCCUCAGGGCGGCCUCAAACUCUUCAUGGAGUGCCUAAACAAUGACACUGAAGAGUCCAAGCAGCUCCUGGCUAUGCUCAUGCUUUUCUGCGACUGCUCAAGGCACUUGAUCACGUAAGUUCACUGACUUGUUCUGUGAUGUGCACAAGGUUCCUAAUAUGGUGGUGACAUUUUAUGAUCUAAUUAUUGUGUUCCAGGAUUCUUGAUGACAUUGAAGUCUAUGAAGAACAAACAUCUUUCAAGAUAGAAGAGCUCAUCACCAUCUCCUCAUUUCUGAACACAUUUGUGUACAAGAUGAUCUGGGACGGCAUCUUAGGUCAGUGUGUGAGCAUGGCAUUUGAUUAAAGAUUUGUUUUCGAACGAACAAGCUGUUCAUGAGUUGUUUUUCAUAGAAAAUGCAAAGGGAGAGAAGCUGGAGCUGUUCCACAGUGUUCAUGGCUGGUUGAUGGUGCUUUAUGAGAGGGACUGCAGAAGACGAUUCACCCCUGAUGAGCACUGGCUGCGCAAGUAAAUACAAACACUGAACAGCUUUUAAUAUCUUUAUACAAACCAGCUUUCUGUAUUGUCUGCACUGUGAUAACAUUUUAAAGCUCAUCUUUUCAUCUUUGUCAUGCUGCAUUCAGGGACCUAAAGCCCAGCCUGUUGUUCCAAGAGUUAGAGAAAGGCAAGAAGAGAGCCCAGCUUUUACUGCAGUACAUCCCACAUGUCAUUCCACACAAAAAUGUGAGUAAUCAGGAUCAUUCAGUUUGAGGCUGAGUGUCGUUUUCUCUUUCAGCUCUAUUGUUACCUUUCUGUUUCAUUUUUAGAGGGUGCUGCUGUUCAGGAACAUUGUCACAAAGGAAAAAGAAAGUCUAGGACUGGUAGAAACGAGCUCUGCUUCACCACAUGUCACCCAUAUCACCAUUCGUCGCUCACGUAUGUUAGAGGUAAUGGAUCAACGGAUUAGAUUGAUUAUCCUAAUUGAAAUGUUAUUCGCCGUUUUCUCUAAUAACUUUUUUUCCUCUCUAAGGAUGGAUACGACCAGCUUCGCAGAUUACCGGUGAAUUCUAUAAAGGGUGUAAUUCGGGUGAAGUUUGUCAAUGAUCUGGGGGUAGACGAAGCUGGUAUAGAUCAGGACGGUGUGUUCAAAGAGUUUUUGGAAGAAAUCAUUAAGAAGGUGUUUAAUCCUGCACUCAACCUGUUCAAGGUAAGAAAAGGCUGUUGUGUAUCAUUGUGAUUUCUGAGCCGCCACCAUCUGCUGCUGCCUUUGAGUUAAGUGUUUUUGUAUACUUUUUUUUCUAUAGACGACAAGUGGAAAUGAGAGGCUGUAUCCUUCACCUACAUCGUACAUCCACGAGAACCACUUACAGUUGUUUGAGUUUGUGGGGAAGAUGCUCGGGAAAGCUGUCUACGAGGUAUAUUUGUGCUUUCUGGAGAACUGUUGCUUUCACUCUGAGAACAUUGUUUCAAGAGAUCUUAAGAGGAAGUGUAACGGCUAUUCCUCUGUAUUUAGGGCAUUGUCGUGGACGUCCCCUUUGCCUCCUUCUUCCUCAGUCAAGUCUUGGGUCACCAUCACAGCACUUUCUACAGCUCCAUCGAUGAGCUGCCUUCACUGGACUCUGAGUUUUACAAGAACCUCACUUCAAUAAAGGUAAAUGCUCUUUGACAAUUUCCUUUUUCCUUCAUGUGACACAUUUCCGUCACCUCCUCACAUCUAUGAGUCUUUUUUUUUCUUUCAUUAGCGCUAUGAUGGAGAUGUAGGGGAUCUGGGGCUGACAUUAUCCUAUGACGAAGACGUAAUGGGGCAGGUAAGAAUGGAAUAAGAUUCAACACACUGGAGUUACAUACAUGAAAUUUCAUAGGUAAAAGGCUUCUUUGUAUCUUGCCUUACAGCUUGUCUGCCAUGAGUUGAUACCUGGAGGGAAAACAAUGCCAGUCACCAACGAAAACAAGUAUGCUGAUCAAUAUUUAAUAUAAAUUAAAAGAGUACUGAUCAUUUUCUUUAAGUCUUAACUGCUCUCCAUUAACUGAUUGUGGUGCAGUCAAAAACAAACAAAAGUGUCUGACUCUUUCAUUACUUGCAGGAUCAGUUACAUCCACCUCAUGGCUCACUUCAGGAUGCACACGCAGAUUAAGGAGCAGACAGCAGCUUUCAUUCGGGGAUUCCGCAGCAUCAUUAACCCUGAGUGGCUGCAUAUGUUUUCCACACCUGAGGUUCAGCGUCUCGUCUCCGGAGACAAUGCCGAGAUUGAUCUAGAUGAUCUCAAGUAUGUUUUCAGACAUACUAACCGUCACUGCAACACUCUUACUCAUCAAAGUUUCAUAAGGAAAUGUAUCUGAAAAUACAGGAAUGAUUAUCUUCAUCUAGUUUGAUGCACAUAGAGAACCUUGUCUUCCUCUCUUUUCUUCAAACCAGGAAACACACAGUUUAUUAUGGAGGUUUUCACAGCAGCCAUCGUGUCAUCAUCUGGUUAUGGGACAUCCUGUCCAGUGAUUUCACUGCUGAAGAGAGGGCUAUGUUCCUUAAAGUAAAUUGUUUCAUUGCUUUUUGUUCCAGUUAAUUAUCAAGGUUGUAAUUCAAAGUUUGAGUUGUUUAACCAGUGUCUCAUUCGUUGUCUAUCUAAAGUUUGUCACCAGCUGCUCAAGGCCGCCUCUUCUUGGUUUUGCCUACCUCAAACCACCUUUCUCCAUCCGUUGUGUGGAAGUGUCAGAUGAUCAGGUGAGAUAAAAAAGAGCAUCCGACAGAUCUAUGCUGCUUACAAGUUGUUACUGUACUAACAGAGGACUUCUUGUUUCCAGGACACUGGAGAUACCCUUGGCAGUGUCCUCAGGGGCUUUUUCACCAUCCGCAAGAAGGAGCCCGGUGGUCGACUUCCCACUUCAUCAACGUGCUUCAACCUGCUGAAGCUGCCCAACUACAGCAAGAAGAGCAUCUUACGGGACAAGCUGCGCUACGCUAUCAGUAUGAACACAGGAUUUGAGCUGUCAUAA